AUGGAGAAAUUCAGGUGUUUCGGCCACUGGAUAGAUCUCAUUCGCUUUUGUGUAUCUACUGCAAGAUUUUCAGUUUCUAUUAAUGGUGCCUUAUUCAGAUUAUUUGAAGCUACGUAUGGUAUCCGUCAAGGAGAUUCUAUGUCUCCCUUCUUGUUUGCUAUUAUGGCAGAGGCACUAGAAAGGAAAGGGGAAUGGAAAGGCAUUAGGGUGGUUGGAGAUUGUGAACCUGUCACUCAUGCUCAGUUUGCUGAAGACACAUCCUUAUUCGGUGAAGCCAGUAUGAAGGAGGUUGAAUGUAUCAGAGAUACACUAGACAAAUAUGCGAGGCAAUCUGGUCAAGUUAUGAAUCGACAAAAGUCUACCAUAUUCUAUUUUAAUACUGAGAAGUGCUUGCAGAGGAAGAUUGUGAAUAAACUUAGCUUUGCUAUUGCCUCUCUCCUAACUAAAUAUCUUGGGGCUCCAAUAAUUGAAGGAGUUUGCAGAUCUAAACAUUGGGAGGAGGUAGUCGAGAAAUGUAGGAAUAAGGCCACAUCAUGGAAGCAUAAAUGGCUAUCACUGACUGCCAGGAUGGUGAUGAUCAAGUUUGUGCUCUUUGCAAUACCCAUUUAUGCCAUGUCCUAUUUUUCAACCACCCAUAAGAUCGAGAGCAAAAUCAGAAAGCAUCUUAAAUAA